UUGAGCAUUUCACGGCACAAUGCUCCUCUCCAUCUGAAAUGAAGCAGCUAGCUCGCCCCAUAAGACGAACGGUAGACGUAUAACUAUGUACAUACAAGAACGACGCUACGGACGGAAAGUACUUCACAUCUCGAAUGACCCGAUUCAAUAAGCGAACAGAGAAAGGCCAAAACUUUUAAGGAAAGAGGGAUCAGCCAAUGGCAAAAACAUGGAAUUCAUUUGGUCCUUCUUCUUGUUGGCUAUUUUACACUUGAAUUGUUGUGUGAAUCGACGUGGAAAACAAUGUUCCUUAGUCAAGGUACAUCGCACAUGUUCUUGUUUCGGUCAGCUUCCUCGCACCGCCGAUGUCGAGGACACAAUGGUUGAGCCGUCCUCCUUGUCGAGUGGCCUCUGGCCUAUAAUUGAACUCCUCAUUUCAUCGCGUUAUUAUUAUUUCGUGUACAAUUUUGAAUCUGAGAAUAUUAGUUGAAUGACGACAGCAAUAACAAAAUUCAACAUAAAUAAAAAUAAUGCUAGAGUUUUAUAAACCCGCAAAGCUGGAUAUCUAAAGGAUGCAAAAGUCUGACGUGGUUUCGCCCUGAAAACUGAAAUCUUCUCCUAUGUAACACGCUUAACAAGCGCAAUACAAAAAUCAUUGUUAUUUGCUCUGAUGAGAGAAAUGGUUUUGUUUCAUACAAUUUCGACCGACCAGUAAAUGAGGAAACUCUAUACAAUGCAAUCAACAAUAGGUUUUUGGUCUGUCUGCAUUUAUUUCUUGAACAACAGAGUUACGCACAGGAACCAAUUAGACUGGAGUUCUGACAUGGUGCAUAUCGUCGUGGUUUGCUUGGUUUAUUAAGUGCUAACUAAAUUUUCAUUAUGCUUCUGAAUUCAAGGGCUUCACGACUGUGUGAGCACAAUAUUUAUACUCCAGUGGUCCCCACGCUAUUCACACCUCGGUUCAAUUUUGCAUACAGAUCUACGAAUUCCGAACAUAUGGCACCUCCCGUACUCUCAUUCGCAAAUUAGCAUAAGCUUAAAACAUAUAAAUGAGUCAGAUAUUAUAUUUGCAUACAUAUUACACAUUUCCUACUAGAAUUGUGAAUGGAUCCAUGAAUUAAUGAAAUUCAUGCAAGUCGUCGUAUGUCGACUGCGAGCCCCAACGGAUAUCGUUAGAAGAAUGUAGGUUGCUUCCACAUAGAGAAUAAGCGUUGUGACAUAAUCUACAUAUUGUUGAGGUGCAUAGGAACUUUUGGUGGACCUAUGGGCAUUUUCCUCAUGUUGAGUGAGGUACAGUUUCUAACCCUCGCCUUAAAUUGCGCCCACAAUCAAUCACUACUAGGGAAGAAACUUUGAAACAAAUGGUAAUUCAGGAAGGAACUAAAGGAAUGAAAAAUGUGAAUCCUUCCUAAUUUGCAGUGGAUCCUGUGGUAAACAAUGACAGUCAAUUCAAUGGUCAGACAACAACGUUUAAUUCUGCACCCACUCAAGCAAUAUAAUCUAUAACAAUUUAAACUUUAAUGUGCCACAGCACAAAAUUCGGUCAACUGGUCCAAUUUAGCCUGAAGUCAUUUGGGGCAUUAAUCAACAACUUCCGUCAUGAUUCUCUACUACAACAUAUUCACAAUAAGUUGUUACUGUCCAAGUAAUUCAACGGUAACUUGUGAUAUUUUAAAUUGUCGUAAUUUUAUUAUUUCGUGCGUAUGCUAGAUAUUUUUUAAAGUUUUCCAGUCUACGUUUAAGUGAAUCAUUGUUAUCCUGUUGGGCGAUAGGUAGAAAACAUAAGAUAGCUGCUGAUAUUUGCCGUACAUAUGAAAUGCGACGAGCUACUACAUACGAUAUGUACUGAAUGACUAAACCCUUUGCGCCGUAUUUGUUGUAAAUAUUGUUUUGUUUUAUGGAGGAAGAUCCUUAUUACAUACACGCUUGGUCGUUUUACUGAAUAAAACAUGAAACAUAGAAGAAUGAUGAAUAUUAUGCGAAGCGAAGAAGGUUGAAUGUUGAAGGUGGUUCUUUGUUGUUGUGCGAAGCAUUUAUUUACUCGCAUUUUACAUCUCGACACGAAACGAGAAUCCCUUAUGUACAUUUUCAUGAGUGCCAUAAGAAAAGAAAACUUAUAAAACUUGAUCCAUGUCAUCCAUACUUUCCGUUGACACUCUUCUUGAAAUAAAUUCAACACUAUUAGCGAACUGCUAUACAUUUGUGUAUAUGGAUGUGAAGAUACAGAAAGAUUUUUAUUUUUCAUAUGGUAAAAUAAACUAAAAAAUUCAGAGUUCUCGUGUAGCCUUUUUAUAGAUACUAAAAACUUUGAUAUAUAAAAUGCAACCAUUCAUCACUGAAAUAUUGUAAUGUAUAUUUUUGCCAACCUAAUAAUAGUCGAAAAAUAUAAAAAAGUGAACUAUAGAUGCAUAUCAGUCUCUAAACAAAGGUUAGUCAAGUACUUAUCUUAAAAUGCGAAAAACCUACAGGAACAAAAUAAUAGUAUUAUGUUACUUCAUUGUUGUAAUGAAUGUGUGUACAUUGUCAUUAUUGUUACACAUAACAUCGCACUUUUACUUUAAAUAAGCUGCCGUCGUGACCCAUAACACAUGAUGUAUUGUCUAAUUCAAUAGCCAAAAGCAGAAAUAUGUCAACUUCUUGGUAACACCUUGUUUUGGCACCAGUUGGGAGUCGUCUACCUUAAAAAGGUGCCUUUGAUUGCCCACCACAGCGUGUAAACAAACUGACGACUGUUCGUAAAAUAGAUUAAAAUAAAUUAAAGGUGUGUGGCUUCUUAGAUAAUAACAAUGAUGGGGGAUUCCCUUUCACUUUCCUGAAGAUAAAUACAUAUGCAGCCACGCAGUAACAAAGACAACCUAAGAAUAUCUUCAUUUGUGCAUCCUAAUAAUGAUAAUAACGCCACAAAAUUCCCAAGGCUCCCAAUUAUGAAAUGUGCAUGUACGUGAACAUGCAUUUACGUACACAUCUACACUGGGAAACAGACCACUUUGACUCAGUGGAUUUUCAGACGUUGAUACGGCUUGUAAGAUCUCCAACUCUAACUCAAAUUCUCGGAACCCAGGCCUUCAGAAUAUCCAGAAAGUUGAAAUUCCCAUAAGGUCACGCUGCAGAGAAUCUCAUAAUAGUUUUGUCGCUGAAUCACGAACCCUCAAAAAGGAAGCUCACGAAAAACACUUGAUUGUAGAUACAAAUAAUUUCAUUUGGACCAAGGCAAGAUACUUGAAGGGGCUCUCAAAAUAUAGACAAGUAUAAAUAGGACUUGCAUUUCAUGGAGCAGAGUCACACUCAAUAGCACUUCAUUACUGCAAACAUAAUACGAAGCAGUACAAGGUUUAUUAUUAAUUCCAAUCAAAAAAUAUAUCAAACAUGGCUCGAGAACACUUGACAGUCGUUCGUGCAAUGGUUACAGUUUUGCUGUUAGGAGUUUAUUAUUGCGAUACGGUUACUGGGGGCUCGAUGAGAUUCCCAGAAAGUGCUUCAGAAGAAACAUCCGAAGCUGGCAAAGUUAUCGAUGAAAUCUUGAGUGCAUCUCGAGCAGGACGAAAUUUGAGGCUGAGUGUCGGAGGCAAAGACCUUGUGGAACCUUUAGCUCUCGGUUCAGACCCCGAGUUUAAAGAGUUAUCAGCCGGGCCAGGAAAGGAGACGGAAGCCCGAAGUUAUGUGGCCUCGAAAUUGUGUUCUCUGGGAUUGGCCAAAUGUGGAGAGGAGCGACAUGGGGGUGGGAGUGGGGGGCAAUAUGGACUCACUAACAUUCGGGAUGUGACCCUGGUUCAACCCGUGGCUUUGCGACCGGUGGGAGAACCAAUUGCUGCAAUUCCGUUGGAAAAACAACCUUUCGCUCCGACCACGCUUCAUGGGAAAUAUAUGAACUCUGGUUUUGGAAACUAUGGUUCUGAAAACCAGAAUUUCCCCAACUACAACUCGCAACAGGGGGGAAUUAUAUCAAGUUCUCAUCAGGAUUGUACUUGUGUUUCAAUUAAUCAAUGCAACUCGUACGAUAUUAUCAACAACCAAGUAGCCUCAGGAACUGGGAACCUGGGAGUUAUUAGCGGGAUUGGGCAACCGCAUUUCGGUAAUGUUGGUGCUGGAAUAGAUCCGAGAAGCAAAAAAUCCUCAAUUGAGUCCAAUGCUACUGUUGUGGAGGCGGCCGUAGAACCACUUUCGAGAAGCGUCCGAUCUGAAACCGUAGGUGCUGACGAAGGAACCGUGACGACAAAUCUGACUUCCUCCGAGCAUAUCGCUACCAGAGAGAAACGAGAAGCUGCAAACUUCAACUCUGACCCUCGAAUUGUGAACGGUGCUUAUCGAAGUCGGUGUUACGAUGAUCAUCUUGUUUGUUGCCGUAAUCCAAUAAAAUCUCCCUCGUCGUCAUACCCCAUUGGUGGAGGUAGUAGCUACCCUUCCGGUGGUAGUGGUUCUUCAUACCCAAUUGGUGGUUCCAGCAAUUAUCCUUCUCAUGGUGGAUCGUCAUAUCCAAACACUGACUACAAUCGGCCACAACAGUCUUACCCACAAAAACCAGUGACAAAUGAAUACUAUCCUGCGACAGGGAGUUCAGGAAAUAAUGGAAUUUGUGGCAAGCGGAACUCUAAUGGGAUCAAUGGUCGAGUGGUGACUGGAAAUUAUGGAGGAAAUAGCGCUGAAUUCGGCGAAUAUCCAUGGCAAGCAGCUCUCUUGAAGAAGGACGGGUCCAACAGCGUCUUUGUCUGUGGAGCAUCAAUUGUAGACAACAAGCAUUUGCUCACUGCUGCCCACUGCAUCAAGAGCCAUCGACCUGAAGAUCUCCGUGUCAGGCUAGGAGAAUGGGACGUCAAUUCCGAGAAUGAGUUUUAUCCACACAUUGAGUUCGACGUGGCUGCCAUUGCCAUUCAUCCGGAAUACUAUGCUGGCAACCUCAUCAACGACUUGGCCAUCAUCAAGUUGGCAGGUUAUGUCGACUUUGGAAGGUAUCCUCAUAUUUCUCCAAUCUGCCUCCCACCUCGAGGCCACGACUUUACGGGAUCUCGCUGCUUUGCCACUGGGUGGGGAAAAGAUGCGUUUGGUCAAGGGGGAAAAUUUCAAAGAAUUCUCCAAGAAGUGGACGUCCCAGUCGUGAACCAUUACGACUGUGAACAGAGACUGAGGAGAACAAGACUUGGUCCUGAUUUCAGCCUUCACAAGGGAUUUUUGUGCGCUGGAGGUGAACCGGAGAAAGACGCAUGCAAAGGUGACGGCGGUGGCCCAUUGUCUUGCGAAGUUGGGGGAACCUGGCAUUUAGGGGGGGUUGUUAGUUGGGGGGUGGGUUGUGGUAGUUAUGGGACUCCAGGCGUGUACGUAAAAACGACGUCGUAUUUGGACUGGAUACGGCAAACAAUUCAGUAGAUGCAGACAAGUCCUAAUCUGAAUACUUUACACAGAAUGCUUAAUGUGCAAUUGAAUGAGACUGAAUUUCAAUCGAAAUAAGGUCGUCCAAUAAUGGAUGUCUGUUGAUGAUGUCCGUGACUAUUACAUAAAUAACUUUACUAUUUAUUAACCAUUACGAGUAAUACCAGAUUGUAUAGUUCAAACCCUGUUUAAUAAAUAAUACGAUAAAAUAGCUCCUAUAA